GUCUCAUUAACCACAAAGUCCACACAGUGAGACACACACGUAUCCUCUGUACAGUCUCAGUGUUCAGCUUCAUCAUGGCCGGACGUCUGCUGUUUGUCUUCUUCAUGUAUGUCUUUAAUGGGAUUCAAACAGAAGCUCGUCUUCCACCUAAACUUACACUGAAUUCAGCAGUGAUCAAAGAGACAGACUCAGUCACACUGAACUGUAAGGCUCCAUCAUCAGUGUCUGUGUCUCAGUGUUAUUACCAAACUGGAGAAACUGUGAGGACAUUAUCCUGUCUGCAGACACUGACAGGAAGUGAACUGCUGAAGAUGGAUCGUCAGAGUUCAUCUGCUGAGGUCAAAGUGAAAUGUUUUUACACUGUUCAGAGUGGAGGCAGAAAUGCUCCAUCUCCACACAGUGACACAGUCUCCAUCAGCAUACAAAGCGAGCCAAACUCAAACAAGGAGAGUCUCAGCACUUUGACAACCUCAGUUUCUAUCGUAACUUCACCUGCUGAUCAAGGUAUUGUAGAGAAAGAGUCCAGAUGGACCCAGAGGACGCCAUCACUCAUCACAACCACAGGUCUGCCUACAAGUAGGUCUAGUGCCUCCACUAUUGUGAGACCUUUAAAAAAAACUUCAGGCUGGACUGUUGGCACAGCAAGUAACAAUGAUGGUCCCAACUUUGCCCACUCAACAUCAGUGAAACCAGAAUCAGGUGACAUGUUUAAUUUUGCUCAAAACAAACAUACUAAUGGGAGCACUGGGGGAAUAUGUAUUAUACUGUGAUCCAGCGGUGAUCACAGAGGCAGACUCAGUCACACUGAACUGUCAGACUCCAUCAUCAGUGUCUCAGUGUUAUUACUUCACUUUAAGUGGAGGAACUGUGAGGACAUUUUCCUGUCUGCAGACAUUGACAGGAAGUGAGCUGCUGAGGAUGGAUCAUCAGAGUUCACCUGCUGAGGUCAAAGUGAAAUGUUUUUACACUGUUCAGAGUGGAGACAGAAAUGCUCGAUCUCCAGAAAGUGAAUAUUCCUCUGUCUCUGUUCAAAGUAAAUAAAUCUGUCUUCAAGCUGGAUCAGCAGAAGAAAAACCCU